AUGGCCGCGGACUACCUGGAGAUUCCCAUGACAGCGGAGAUGACCGAUGAUGACAUCGACCGGGCGAUCCGCAUGCAUGAAGGCGACUCCUUGCCUGGCUUCCCUUCCCCGGACACCUUCGAGUUCCUGGCGCUGCCGCAUCUGCAGAAGAUCUCCAUCCCGGCAGUGGAGUGCGUGCACAAUGUGGCCUCCGCAUUGGAU